GUCUAUUGUUACUUUUUUUGAAACAAUAAGUCCUAUUCUACUGUUCGUGAGAGUGCAACUAUAUAGUUAAAGGUAGAAUUUCGUUGCUUGUUAUCUGCCUCUUAUGAUGAUGAAGCAAGUACAGAAGCAGCCUGAUGGUGAAAACACAGUGAGCGAACAUAAUUCAGACAAAUGCACGGGAAAAGAAAAAGAAUUCGAAGACUCAACACCAGAAGCAGAAAAACAUUCGGAACUUCCUCCUGCUGGCUUCACCUACAACAGCACGAGCUGUGACCCCUACUACCUUGACAUAAGUCAGAAUGAGAGAAAUGAGUUUGUUGCAGUGCUUAGAAGAAUGCCUGUAGGGACGCUCUAUUUUCCUAGAGAGUCACUGACUUUAUGUGAGAACGAAGAAUGCAUAUAUAAAGGAACACUGCAUUCAGAAGCAGAUUGUAUGAAGUACAUGAUAAGAACAGAAACCCAAAGAACUGUGCUCGUACAUGUAAUAGAACCAAAUGUGCCGCUGAGCUUAUGUCACAAUAAUCAAUGUUUCUUGAAGGGAAAAUACCAUUUUGCUGGGCAGUGUUUGCACAUCCAGUUAAUGCCAAUGGAUAGUAUUAAAAAUAACCAGGGUCUUACCACAACUACUGGAGAGUGAACCAUUUCUGAGGGUUCUGGAAGAUAACACCAGCAAGAAGAGGAAUGCAACAGAGACACUAUUCAAAUGUACAAUUAAGUCAUGUUUGAUUUCCUUGAUACUUUCUAUUUUCCUCUGUAUUUUGUUCUAAACAGUGGCUUCUUACCAUGUUACUGGAAUAAUUGAUAGUAUGUAGUUGACCUACCUACUGGGUUGAAAUUAUUCUCUUAACAUGCUGUACAUUUACAUUGGUUCUGCAUUUCAGUAUUUCAUGACAGGCAAUUUUACAAUUGCAAUGAAAGGGCUUGAAGAGCAACAUACGUUAUUACUUCAUGUUAAAGUGAUGUAAUUCAGUUUUCAUUGUGGACAGUAAUAAAGAGUGGGUCUGUAUCAUAAUCGCUUUCUUUGUUGUUAUCAUGUAGUCUUGUUAAAUAGUGAAGAACCUAAUUCAGAAUGUUAUUUCCACUGCAAUGAAUGGUUGGAAAAAAUCAUGUUAAUUUCUCCAAUUUAAAGAGCAAUUUACUACCAAACAACAUGCCAUUUAUAAGGAAUGUUUUUUAACAUUCUAGUGUGUUUCGAAAAUGGCCAAAAAUGGAGGAAGAAAUGAGUUUAACUGUGAUGAACAACACUUCUCCUUAUUUGAUCAUUAAGAAUUUAUUAUUUGCUUAAGCUUCCUUUCACAUUAGUAUUUUUUCUAACCACAUAUCCAGUGUUAGACAUAGAUGUAGUUCUCAUUGUUUUCAUGCAUGUACUGAUCUGUCACAUCUGUUUUGGAUUCUGGUGAUUGGUAUCAGCCUUGAAAUAUGGAAUAAAUAUUUGACAUUUGUAUAACAGUCACCAA